UGUGCAGGAAAGGGCUGAGUCUGACUGUGGAAAACCACUAGUUGUACGUUAGAAAUUAACUGACAAGUAGAAAGUGCAGCACAUAAGCUACUCAUCCCUCUGCUGAUGCUGUGACAGGUCUAGGUGCCCACCUGUUCCCCAGCUCACCUGCAUGUGUCCCCUUAACCCCACUCAGCACUCGUACCAGGAGACAUGGCUGAGGAUAAGACAUUCCGAUACGGGCUCAUUGUCCUGGGAUUCUUCCUGGUGAUGAUAGGCAUGUUUAUUAUGAGCGUGGAUAAGCCUCAGGUGUAUAUAACGUUCGCUUCCAUGGGAGUUUUCAUGAUUGGUGUUGGCAUCACCUGGAGCAUCUGUCAGUGUUACCCCAAGAUAAAUUUCAUUCCUGUUGAUCUGGAAGCGGAGCCGUUAACAGAGAAGUCUACAAGGACCACAGAUGGUGCUUCUCCAGGAAAGCUGGGUUCCAGUACCCCUUACACCAGCAGUAAGGAUGCAGAGCGUUUUGAAGCUACUUUGCCAACCUACGAGCAGAUUCAGAUAAAGGUGGAGGAGCCUGGGGAGGCAAAAGGAAAUCUAUCAACCAACCCCUUCCUGCAGCCAAUGGUAGUGGAUCUUUCUCAGCCAACGGUAAAAGCUGCUGUAGAAAUUCACAAUGAGAAGCAAAGAGCCAGCGCUGGGACAGAAAAAACACCCUGCCAAUCUGAUGUCCAGGCACCUCUUGCCACGUUGAAGGAAGAUACGGACACAACAUCCUCCUACACGUCCAGUAAUAGUCACGGGUCUAUGCAGAGCUGGGAUAUUGGACAGAAUGCGCUACCUGGCAAAAAUGAUUCAAAAGUAAAUUUAGGAAUGACUCCUUCUUAUGGAGAAAUUACACUUAUUGAUUCUCCUCUUAAUGAAGAAAUAUGUGGAAGUCUAGAUAAACAGAUAAUUCUUCCAAGUCUGGAACCCAACACUGACACCAUCCGGCCAGAAUUCUUUUUUUCUGAUGAGGCACAAGAACCAGAUGUAGAUGAUCUGUAUUAUGGGUUGAAAGAUGAGCCGGAUACUUUAAUGAAUGGGGAUGAAUCAGACUUUGAACAAUAAUACAGUGUAAAUCAAGUACACUAGAAAUUAUUUCACAUUUAAAGUUAACAAACUACUUUACUUUCACUGUAUGGGCGUUCACAUGGGGUUAUAAGAAGCUGUAAAUGCCUCCAGACUUGGGCACAUGUCUAGAGUCUUAUCAGAGGUCAGGUCUUGAAAGACCUCUUAUCCGUUCACUACUGAGAGGAGCAUGUGACCUGUCUUUGAAAAAGUGGAGAAUUGCCCUUCAAAGUGUUUACAGGACCCUCAAGAUAACAGGCGGUCCAUGUAACCCAUCAUUCACAAGAUUUAGCUAAAUAAAAGGUUUAUUUCUUCAGCAAAAUCUAAAUCAACAAAUCCAAAAGAUCCGUAAUGUAAAAGAGAAAAGGCUCCUCUUUCAACUGAGAGGUCACAUGACUCUAAAUAUCAUAUGAUCGAUGGCAAAAUUGUGAAUAUUUCAUCCUCUAAAAACUAGGUCCAGAGAAAUAAAAUUAAAACACAGUUGAGACUAUUAUUAUUAUUAUUAUAAGAAGCAGAGUUCUGCAAAUGAUGGGUCUGAUUUCAUAUGGUAGUCACAUGACUCUAGAUAUCAUAUGUUUGUCACAUGACCCUCUAAAUGCAAUGUGGUUCAUGAAAAAAGGAUAAUUAGUUAUCUUGCUGGAUAAUAGCUCUAGAGUUGAAGAAUGUUAUGUGUGUUAAAACUAUAAAUAUAAUUGAAUUUGUUUGUCUACAUUUAUAUUAUUAUGUUUAUGACAUUUUAUCUUUUAGCCCCCUCAAUUUUAUUUUUGCUGACACUCGUGCAUCAUUACCAUUAAACUGAAAGAAAAAAUGAAGAUAAA